AUGGUCGCCGACGUCCUCUACGAAAAGGCGCUGCCCGUGCUGCAGAACGAUGCGCUCGACGAGGAGGACAAAACAGACCAGCUGGAGGAGCUGAUGCGCAAGGAAACCAACCUCACGGGGAAGUCGCUAGAGAACAUCGUGCUCGACUGUCUCUGGCGCUACCGCGACGCAGGCAGCUCAUCGAGUAGUCCUCCCCCGAGCCGCCAUACCGUCAUCCGCCGUCCUUCGCCUGCGCCGUGGCAGAAUCGAGCGCCGACCCCUGUGAACAACUCGCCGCGCACCGUUCACCCUCCCCCGGGCUUUGGCAUUGCUCCGCCUGCCUUCAAUCGUGCCAAGUCAUCGACCGCGUCUCCCUUUACGUCUCCACGACCCUCGCCGCGCCUCGCCUUUUCUAGUCCGCAUAUCCCUCAUAGUCCGAGUCUUAGCGCAUACCAGUUCAGCGAGGGCCCAAGCCCAAACAAUGAUCUUUAUGGUGACCUCGAUAGCCACUCCGUAGAUUGGCUCGUGAACGAUGACUCGGGGAGCACAGAGUCGUCUCUGCUGGGUGACGGCACGCUCAACGGGGGUGCGGCUGAAUGGGUCCAACCACAGACCAUGGACAUGGGCCCGUAUGACAUGCUCCGCUCAAUUCUUAGAGACGAUCGCUCAGACGAGGAGCUCGAGAAAGUGCUUGAAGCCAACGGAUUUGACCUCAGCGCUGCGCUGCUUGCUUUAAUGGGGCAGGCCAUGGAAGGGUCGCAGCUCCCUACCCCGAGCCACGACCAGUCUGGCUAUCUCAUUGGAAAGUCGAUGAAUCCAACCUUUAGACCCGCGACGCCAGCCGGCCAGCAGAAGAGUAAUAUUGUGUGCAAGUACUUUCUGUCCACCGGACACUGCGCAAGAGCAGACUGCAGGUUUAGCCACGACACCAGCAAGACGCUUUGCAAUCCAUUCCCUGUGUUCACCCCAGGAGCCGGUAGCCGCCCGCAGUCACGGACGGGCAGUCGGGUACCAUCACGUGCCACCACGCCAUCCGUGCUUGCGGUAGACGAUAACGAGGCGUUCCCAAGCUUGGGCUCUGCUGCUGCCGCAAAGACGGGCAAGAGGCAUCAUGGCAAGCGCGGUGGUCAUGGUCACAAAGAUGCCCCUACGCCCAACAAUCUUGCGGAUGUGGUGCGCAUGUCCCCAGCUCCUGCGCCAGCCACUCCAGUGCGCAAAGGACUCAAGCCCACGAGAAGCUUCAACGGAACUCGUGAGAAUAGCGCAGCUGCACAAGCGAUCCCUGCUCCUCAGCAUAUCCCAUGGCUAGAAACUGGCGAGAAGGGCAAUCAAGCCUAUCUCAAGGCUCGUGCGGAAGCAUUCAAGCACGGCAGUUUACGUAACAAGUUUCUGCAAAGUGAUUCUCGUGCCGCCAAAGCCCUCAGUCUCAGGGGUCAGAGCGAGAACAAUCUCAUGCGCGAAGCGCACCGAGAGGCUGCUCGGAUUCUCUACGAAGAGCGGAAUAAGGACACAGACAGCUCAGUAGAGCUGUAUGUCGAUCUUCACGACGAAUCCGUAUCCUAUCUCGAGGGCAUCCUCCUCAAGCACAGCUCAUCUUCACGUCCCGUUUACGCUAUUACCGGAACGGGCCAUCACUCCAAGAAUGGCAAAGACAAGGUGGGCAAAGCAAUCCGCGGUUUCCUCAACGAAUGGCGAUAUGCCUUCCGCGAAUUCUCAGUGCCGGGCGACCGCAACAAUGUCGGUGGUAUAUUAGGUAUCGAUCCCAGUAGCUUUGACAAGAGCGUUGCGGAGAGGCCGAAGGAUCCUGACAGCGAGUCGGAGAGUGCGAAGAAAGACACCAAGAUCAGGAUCAUGAAGAGGGAUGAAAUGCUAGAUGCGCCGAAAGGACCGAAGCGGGCCGUCGAGGAAGGUGCUCUGCCACCGCGCCUUCCUCAACUGGCAGACUUUGCCCUCAUUCUCAAGCUCUCCGCCGAUCCUACACUCACUUCCACCUUCGUCUCGCUCAGCUUUGAACUGAGAUACUGUGCAUACGUACGCACACCAACCUCACUCUCGCAUUCUUACUUCGUACGUGAAGGCCUUCAGCUCGCACCACCUCACUCCAGUCCAGAUGCGACUCAUCUAGCCCCGAACAUGAGUCAACGCAGCAGACCGGGCAGUGCCCAAGCGCUCGCUGACCAGCAACGAAUGUCAUUCACAGCCGCGGAAGCGUUGCUAUGGGGUAAGAGAACUGCAGAAGAGCACCACCACAUCAGUUCUCGUAUGCGAGAUCUCGAAGAGCAGCACCAAGUAUAUCACAGCCGAAUCCAAGCUACAGAAACUGUCGCCGAAGCUGCAGAGGCUGCGACUGCACGGAUCCGACGAAUCGAGCAACAAAUCGCUGCUAUUGAGUCAGAUGAACAAGACCGCCCUUUCGACAAGUGGGUAGAAGGUGAGGUGUCGACGUUCAAGGUGUUCGCCGAGAAGAACAAGAACGUGCGACAGAAGCAGAUUGAGCUUGAGGGCAAGAUCUCUUGCCUUGAGGACUCUGUUGAUAAGGCCAAAGAUGUUGCUCUUGAUCUCGAGAUCCUGCUGGAGCGUAUUGCACGUCUUGAGAACGACCGCAACAAGGAUGCAAGCCUAAUCAGGAAGCUUGAGAGUGAAGUCACUGAUCUCAAGGUCGUGCGCCAAAACAAAGCGAUCGUAGGCACGCAUAUGCCCCCACCAUCGACUGGAAGAGCGACGCCGGAGCAGAUGUAUCCGCCGCCAUCAGCACAGCCGGUCGCUGAAGUCGAUGAUGCAGCAGAUGAGACGGAAGACGAAGAAAUUCUACCUACGCAACCCAUCAUACAUCCCCAGCAGUAUACCGGUGGAGAAGCCCCUAAGCUCAACCCACAGAAUCUUGUACCACUGGACAAAGACAUGCCAGGUUCUCCUCCAAAACGCCAGCCAGCCAAACAGUUGGUAGUCAAAUUGAACGUCCGAAAGCGAAAGGUCGAAGACAUCGCCCCAAAGCCUCGCCUGACACGAUCUCAAGCAAAGAAGAUCAACGAAUCAAAUCACGCCGAGUUCGAAGUGCCGCAGCCAAAAGAGGUUGUUGGUUCUGGGGAGACACAGCUUGUCAAUGAGCCUGCAGCGAAGCGAAGGAAGCCUAACGUUACUCGACCUCCACACCAGUCACAGCCACGUGCAAAAGUUAAGGCGGCGAAGAAGCCUGCGCAUGCAACACAGAAUGCUGCAAAUCUUGUCAAGACUGAACCACGCAAGACGGCUGCUGCGUCAAAACGCACCAAACCAGCUGCUGCACCCGUACAGCCAACAGCGGAAAAUCCAGCAAGUCCCGAGAAGAAGAAAGUGUCCAAGGCAAAACCUUCGACAAGACCAAAGAAGUAUGACGACGGUUCGGAUGCUUAUCCCAAGGAGGCUGGAUCGUCCGUCCCAAGGAUUCCGGGUCCUUCUAAGCCCGCAUCAUCCACGUCCUACAUGCAACGUGAAGCUCCGUACACGACGCUGGGACUAGAUGAAGGACCUACAUCGGAGACCAUGGGGCCUCCCUUCUCGCGUAGAGGGCCAGCAACCUCUUCACGUGGGUCGAGGCGCCCCCUUCUCAUCUCGCCUGUGACUCUGGACCAGGCUACAUACGAGCGGAUGAAGAAGCAAUCGAAUCUGAUCAUCUGA